AUGGAGUGUUAUUUGUCUUUCACUCUUGUUCUUCUAUUAUGUCUUUACAACAUCUCUCUCGCUAAGGCUCUCAACAGGGGCUUCAGUGUUGAACUCAUCCACCCUGACUCUCCAAAAUCACCAUUCUACGAUCCCAAAGAAAAUGAAUACCAAAGAGUUGCCAAUGCUUUGCAUCGUUCCAUCACUCAUGCCGACGCAAAAAUAGGUGCUGUAGCCAAUUUAACAAUGCUUAGAGGUGAAUACCUCAUGAGAUAUUCAUUUGGAACCCCACCGUUCCAACUCUAUGGUGUUAUAGACACAGCAACUGACAUUGUUUGGACGCAAUGCAAACCUUGUAAAACGUGUCAUUACCAAAGAGCUCCAAUGUUCGAUCCUUCAAAAUCCACAACAUACCAAACCAUUCCAUGCACUUUCGCAACAUGCAGGUCUGUGGCAUAUACAAAAUGCAAUGAAGAACAUUUUUGUGAAUAUCGUAGGAGGUAUGUGGGUGCAUAUUCACAAGGGUAUCUUAGUUCGGAGACUCUCACUUUGGAGUCCACCAAUGGAAAUCCUAUCAAAUUUCCUAAAUUUGUGAUGGGAUGUGGACACAACAACACUGCGGGCUUUUAUGGGCCAAACACAGGCUUAAUAGGCCUUAGUGGUGGGCCUGUGUCCCUCAUAUCUCAAAUAAGUUCUUCAGUAGAUGGCAAAUUCUCUUAUUGUUUGGUGCCAAGGCCUUCCAACAUCUCAAGCAAACUUCAUUUUGGAGAUGAUGCUGUGGUUUCUGGUGAAGGGACUGUUUCUACUCCCAUAGUCAUAAAGGAUUCAAAGGGCCUUUAUUUUACAACUUUGAAAGGAUUCAGUGUGGGAGACAAAAGAAUUGAGUUUGGAAACCCCACCUUUGGAUCCAAUGAUGACAAGGGAAACAUGUAUAUUAACACAGCUGUAAUCACCACUCUUUUGCCAGAUUAUAUUUACUCAAAAUUAGAAUCAGCUGUGGCAAAUGUGGUUAAAUUGGAGCGUGCUCAAGAUCCAAAUAAAGUACUCAGCCUUUGCUACAAAGGUACCUUUCAACAAUUACAGGCUCCUAAAAUCACUGCACAUUUUAAGGAUUCUGCAAAUGUUCAGUUGAAUACGCACAACACCUUUGUUCAAGUUGCUGAAAAUGUUAUAUGCUUGGCUUUUCAAUCAACUGAAUAUGUUGGAGUCUUAGGAAAUCUGGCCCAACGAAAUAUUUUAGUUGGCUAUGAUGUCCAAAAGAAAACCAUUUCCUUUAAACCUACAGAUUGCACCAAGUUAUAA